UGUCAACGUCAGCUGUCAACGAAACAACUUUUGUUAACGCGUUAUCAAAACACAUCUCGUCACUUUCCAACUUCUCUUCUCUCGGUUGCGAAUUAAUUAGGGCUCCGUGUGUGAGUGUGUGUAUAUAAUUUAAAGGUGAAAUCCGUGCUGGGAAACCGAAUUUAGCACCCGAGAAAAGGGAUGAACUGCCGCUCGGUCCAGCGGUUCGUGUAGAGGGGCACCACCACCACCACCAGGAAGUAUGGCCCUGCUGCUGCUGCUGCAUCGCGGAUAGUUCGUCCCAGGGCUGUGGCUAUCGGGUGGAAAGAUGAUGUGUCCCGAAUGCUAAAGGCGAAGGGGGCGAAAUCGCACACUGCACAGCAUCAUCCUCCACCCCCCUCCUUAUCUUCAGUAGUGGUCCAGCGUUUUCAGGGGGGAGUAUUUAUUGUGGUUGCAUCGCUCGCCCAUCGUUCGGCGUGUGCUGCGCGGCGGGGACAGAAAGGCGAGAAAACGCGACAGUGUAAAUAGGAGCAACCAAGCCAGAGUGAGGCAGGGAGGGCACGCGAGUAAAUGAGAAAUAAAUGAGAUCCUCGGUAAGCUACAUGUUAUCGCAAGGACCGGGAGAUCCGAUUAUGGCGCAUCCAGAUUAUGAGCAGCACCAUUACCACCAUGGUUGUUUGUUAAUCCUGGUGCGAGGUAUCGGUUCCUCGAAGCCACGGUCUUUGCAGCGCGUCUUCGAGCGGGUGCAGCGUGUUAACAACAUUAAAAUACCUGAUUCGACGGGCAUGACGAGAGAUAUCUGGGUGCGGUACAUACGCGACCAUCCGGUGGAAAACAACGACUGGGGCGACUUUCAGACCCACCGCCGGCUGCUCGGCCUCAUUACGGUGGGCAAGUUCGAGGCGCAGAGCGAGCUGAACGAGCUGUGCCGGGUGCACGAAUCGCUCAAGGUGAAGUACACGCACACGCUGUUCGAUUCACGCUGCCUGCUGUUCGGCCCGAGCACGGACGAGCUGCAGAAGCUACAGAAUGGCGCGGGCUCGAACGGUACGGACGGUCGGCCGGCCGGGCCGCCGGCCAUCGAAAAGUGCUUCCAGACGCCGAGCAACUUCAAGAGCCGGGCGUUCUUCUACCCCGAGAACGAUCCGUGCAGCAACCUGGAGACCAAGAUUUCGGAGUUCAUCACCUCCAUCUACUACAUACUGGAGCUGAAGCGGAUGGAGAAGACGCGCGAGAAGCUGGAGAAGGCACCGCUGCUGCUCGCGCCGUUCGAGAAGAAAGAUUUCGUCGGGCUCGAUCUGGAGAGCCGCAACAACCGGAAGCGCUGCAUCGGGCGCAUGACAAAGCACCUGGGCGACCUGACGCUGCAGGCCGGCCUGGUGGCCGAGUCGCUCCACUUCUUUCACGCGGCCAGCGAAACCCUACGUGCCAUAAGUGACUCGCUGUGGUUGGGCGCGGCGAACGAGGGCCUGUGCGCCGCGUCCGCCAUACUGCUCUACCCGAACUUCCGCUACACCAUGUCGAUACAGCGCAACUCUAGUCUGCAGGAGAACUCGUCCUCUCCCCAGAAGUUUAACCUCGCCCGGAACCAGCUGUACACGGGCAGCUACAAUGGCGACAGCUCCUCGACGCUGAAGCACAAAAAGUCGGACAUGGUGAUUAAUUUAAGCACGUCGGCGGACGCGGCCACCGUGCUCGGGGCGGAUAAAACGUCCGCCUCCUCCAACUCGUCCGCAUCGUCGAUCAGCUCGAGUCUGUCGUCGGGUUCGGCGGGCAGUGGGACGGCCAGUGGCUCCUCCUCGGACUCGGGCACGCUGGUGAACAAGGCGGCGGCGGCAGGCAGCGGGCUUGCGCCCAAGUUCCCGGCCAACAUCCUGCAGCCGGACGAAAUUACCGUACGCUAUCGGGAUGCCAUCAUCAACUACAGCAAGUACCGGAACGCGGGCAUCAUCGAGACGGAGGCAGCGCUCAAGGCGGCCCGCAUCUGCAUCGAGCAGGGCAAAAACCUGGACGUGGCCAUGUUCCUGCAGAACGUGCUGUACAUCAACCUGAACAUGACCGAGCAGCAGCGGGUGCGGCGGUUCGAGGUGCUGACCGAUCUCUACCAAAAGAUUGGCUACAACCGCAAGGCGGCGUUCUGUCAGCGACUGGCCGCGUGGCGUCACGUCGCCCAAAGCAACAGCAAUCCCGACUGGGGCCAAAGCUACCGGCUGAUGCUGGAAAGCUUCUCCGGCCACAAGCUGUCGCUCGAGCCGAACGAGGUGCUGGAGAACAAUAUGGGCUGGCCGGUGCUGCAGAUCGAUCUGCUGCAGCAGCUGGUCGGGACGGCCCGGCGGCUCGGCCAGUCGGCUCUGGCGACGCGUCACAUGACCUUUUUGCUGCAAACGAUGUGGAAAAAUCUGACGCCACUGGAGCAGCGGGAAAUGGCGCUGCAGCUGCAAAACCUGAGCGCCCAGUGCGAGGGAGCGCCGGUGCCGCUGGUGCUCGAGAACGGCAUCGUCAUACCGCCGGCCAACCUCACCGACCUGCCGCACUGUACGGGGCUGCUGGUGAAGGAUCUGCCACCGCACCUGCGGCCGGUCAAGAUCGUCGUUAGCAAGGUGGACAGUGGGCCCUUCCUGUUCACGCCGAUCCAUUUCAGCUCGCUCGACCGGCGCGGUGUGGAGCGCGACGAUAGCAGGAUCACGUUCGACUGGGUGCAGCACGACGUGUGCGAGGUGAGCCUGGCGCUCACGAAUCCGCUCCCGUUCGAGCUGCAGGUAUCGGACAUGCGGCUGCUCACGACGGGCGUUGUGUUUGAGGCGUUCCCGCAAACCGUCACGCUGCAGCCGAACGCACUCACGAACGUCUCCCUGCACGGUACGUCGAUCGAGUGCGGCGAGCUGGAGAUACAGGGCUACAGCACGCACACGCUGGGCGUGAAAUCGAACUGCCGGCUGAAGCACAUGCUGCACCGCAAGGAGCGCCAUCUGCCACCGUGCUACAAGGUGAAGGUGAUACCGGCGCUGCCGAAGCUGGAAACGAAGACGAGCCUGCCGCAGACGGCCACGUUUAGCGGCAUGCCGAACGCGGACUUUGUCACCACCUCCGCCAGCAUCACGCUCUACAACGGGGAGCGGGGCGAGUGCACGAUUACGCUCACGAACGCCAGCAACAUCCCGAUCGAGUACGUGGAUGCGACCUUCCACUCGACGCUGGACGCUUCGCUGCAGAAUCGAAUAUUUCAGCUAGCGACGGACGAGCUGCAGCAGAAGCUACCGAUUCAGCCGAACGCAAGCAUCGAUUUCAAGCUAGUUAUCUUCGGGGAAGCGGAUUUCCUGGGAGCGCUCACGGCCGGACCGGGACAGAUCGGGGGCUACCCGCUGGCAAACAACCCGGACGGGAUGAAUAGUGCUGGGCCGCAGAGUUUAACCGUUUCGCACGGCGGAGGAGCCGGCCCGCUUGCACUGACGGGCGGCGGUGGACCGUUCCUGUCCGGUGGUAGUGGUAAUCCGAGUAUACCGAGCCGCAUUAGCUCACCCACGAACACGCACCGGAGGAAUGAGCUGCUGACGUCGAGUUUUCGAUCGUCCCACUCGGGCCAUUCGUCGCUGGCCACGCUUAGCGUUGGCAUCUCGACCGGGCAUGUGCCGCGGCAGCUGGACGCCCAGCUCCGCUUCAAGUACUCGGGCGGGGAGGGAAUGCAGGAAGGUUUCUGCCGGCAGUGUGCAAUCUCGUUCAACGUGGAGCUGCUGCCGAGCGCACAGAUCACCAACUGGGACGUGCUGUCGGCGGAAAUACCAUCCCAGUUCUAUCUGGUGCUGGACGUGGUGAACCUAACGGCGCAAGAGAUGUCCCUCAACUAUACCUCCAACAAAACAAUACUCAUCGAGGCGAAGGAAAGCUGCCGUGUGCCCGUCCCAGUGCAGCGAUGCCCGCUCGAGCGCAUUUUUGCCGCGGUAGCGGAGCAUCAGCAGCAGCAGCACGGUCAUCACCUGCACCACCAUCACCACCAUCACCAUAGUUCGCACCAUCAUCAGAUCCAUUCGAUCGGUAGCGGUUCGGCGGACCAUCACACCAUGCCAAGUAUUCUGAGCGGCGUUGCCGGUACGAGCACGAGCGACAGCUCCGACCUGACGGAGCGCGUCUGCUCCGAGCACAUUUCGGAGAAUGUGAAUCUAAAAUGGUCCCUGCCAGGGAUCGACUGCCACGGGACGGCUUCGCUGCGCGGUAUUACGCUGUCCCCGGCCAUGCUUGAUUUGGUGACCGUUCCUCCGCUCGAGUGGGAGGUCAAAGUGGACGAUCAGGUGGUGGCCCCACAGUCGGAGGUUUCGUGCGUGACCGGCCAGUUUCUUAGCUUUAGUAUUAGCAUCUGCAAUCUGUCGGCGUCGGUGCUGCAUCAGGUGCAGCUGUCGGUGCAGUUCUAUCAGGAUUAUCAGAACGGUGUUCAAAACUAUCGGCUUGAAACGCGCGUCACAAUGUCCGGCCCAAACCACAUACUCAUUCCAUCGCUUAACAAAGACGAAAAAGCGUUCCACAAGUGCUCGGUACUGUUCUUCACGCCCGGCCGGUUCAAGGCGGACAUUCAGUGCCGCUCGCUCAGCUCGACCCUACAGCCGGCGGCCACCGUACUGCAGCGGACGGAUGAGCUUGGCGGGCCGGCGGCAGCACCGGGCCCGGACAGUGCAUCACACGUGUGGCGGUUUAUUCCACCGAUUGAAAUAACCGUCCUCGAUCAGCAGUAGUGGAUUCGGGCUAGAAUUAGGGCCGGAAGCACACACACACACGGCGGGAUCGACUGGUGCGAUCCGUACGAGAACAAUAAUUUGGAAAAAUACACAGGACGAUCUAUAUAUAUAUAUAUAGCUACUUCAUUAGACAUAUAUAUGUGUGUGUGUGCGUGUGCAUAGUACUCCGCACACACACAGAGGCAUACGAGGCAUAUAUUUGUUGUAGCGCGUAACGGCUUAACUAAGAUACACUACAAACACACUAAACACAAACACACACACACACACACACACUCUGUACCUUUGUUUUCGAGAGUGAGAGGGAGUGAGCUUGAAGCUGAAUGUUAGUUGCGUGUCGAACUAUAUACACCCGCGGUAUUAAUUGAACAGCGAGCUGGAAGGGACAGUGUGCUGAUGCUGCUAGGAAUUAGAAAUGCUGUUUGUAUGUUGUGUGCAGAAUUUGUGUUAUAUUAAAAAAAACAACAACAACUUGGAAGCAAUAUGAAUAGGAAAUUAUCUCGAAACCAGCACUAGGAGUAGUGAGCGGAAUGGGGCGUUUCGGAUCGCAACGACAACCUGUAAAACGCUACACACACCACGGUCUAAGAGAUCGGUGGAUGAAUGGAGCCCGUUUUGGGAGGGUGGUUAGGUGGGUUUGAUAUUAUGGGAUACAAAGCAAAUGCAAGCA